UACCUUUUCCCCCCCAACACUGAAUUGAAGUCGUCACGGUUCUCCCAACCCGAUUUCCUCUUUUUCCUCAACAAAACAAUUCAAUUCACCACAUCAUCAUCAUCAUCAUCAUCAUCUCCUCUUUCUUCUUCCUCUUCAAAAGCAGAGGCCUGAGGCAGAGAGGAUCAAGCUGGAAAAUGGGGAAUCCCAAGUUCAAGCUAUCAGACAUAGUGCCACAUGCCUGGUUCUACAAGCUCAAAGACAUGAACAGGACAACGUCGUCAGGGUCAGUCCACCCGAACAAGAAGAACAACAUGAACGGCUCUCUUCCUUCCUCCAACUCCAAGAAAUUAGCCCACCAACAACCCGGCCACCUCACCGGCAGUACAACCACAGCCGCAUCUCUCCCUCCUCUCAAGCCUCGAAAGUCCUACUACUUCCCCCGGGACCUCUCCCCGGGACUCCGUGACCCGCCCCAGAGGUCGUCUAAGCAGGGCCGGACCCCCAAGAAGUCCUCGAAGCCUAAGCCUAAGCCCAAGCCCGCUGCCCCCUUCCCUCCCUUGAAGCCUGCCCCGUAUAAUUCCUCCGCCAGCUUCAGUUGCCGUGCUUCAACGGACUCGGUCUGGACCAGGACCGAGGACGCCAACGCCUCCCCUGACUCCAUCUUCGAUAGCAGCUCCCCUGAGUUCAGGCUCGACCGGGUCCUCACACCCAAAUCGCUUGGUAGCUGUGGCUCCAAGAUCGAUCCUGUCGCCGGUGAUCCUGACAUUAUCAUUCACGUGGAUGAGAAUUCUUUCGUCAGGAAACCUGCCAAGAGGCUGAUGGGGCAUCAUAAUUUCGACUCCUUGCCGAACGUCGAGCUGCCACCGAUAGUAACCAAGCCUGCCAAGCCCAAACAGAAUUACGGUGUCGAUCACGUCCAAGUCAUCGAAGACGACCGGUAUACCAAGAAACCCAUUAGGAAGGUCAGGGAGAACAUUAGCAGUAGGAAAAGUGUUAGCAGAAGGUGCUCCAUCAGCUCCUCCCCGAGGGUGAGGCUCAAGAUAAAUUCUCCAAGGCUUCCUAGCCGGAGAGCAGGUCAGGCUCGAAGGACAGUCAGUGGCGGGUCGGACUCCUCCUCGGCAGGAAGAAGGAAGCUGUCGGAUAGCUUCGCAAUCAUGAAGUCGUCAUUCGACCCUCAGAGGGAUUUCAGGGAGUCGAUGGUGGAGAUGAUAGUGGAGCACAACAUCAAGGCCUCCAAGGACCUCGAGGAGCUCCUCGCGUGCUACCUGUCCUUAAACUCGGACGAGUAUCACGAGCUCAUCAUCGAGGUGUUCAAGCAAAUCUGGCUCGAUCUCACCGACAUUGAUUCACUCCAAGUCGUUAAUCAGUAGUGCCUCACCGAAUCAAGAUGCUGACUGUUUGUAUAUGGCAUUGAAUAUGUUGUCAGAACAACAACAAUUAUACUAUGUAGUCGUAUUCUUAUUAGUGCUUCAAUUAGUGUUAAUCGGGGCAAAAGGGGACAUCGUAGUCCGUUUUUCCAUUUUAGCCAACUGAGCAAUAUGGCCAUUUUUCCCCUUGUAUGAUAAAUCAACCUUGCCUUUUCUUUUCUUCUUUGGGCUGGGUAUGUGAAAAAUUGGUUCCAAAUGGCUAAACAUAUAUAUAUCCAUUUUCAGCCA